UGGGGCCCGCGGCAGGGAGUGCCGGAGCGCCGGCGGCGACGACGGCAGCGGCGGCUGAGCAGGCUCGGUGCCUGGGUCCGCGGCGCCUCGGGGUCCGCCCGCUGGCUGCGGUGCGAGCGGGCGAUCCGGCUGCCCUCCUCCCCCGCCCGCCGCCGCCGCCGCCGCCGCCGCCGCCGCCGCCGCCGCUGUGAUUGGGUGGAAGAUGGCGCUGGGCGGAUGGAAAUCCUAAUGACAGUCUCCAAAUUCGCCUCCAUCUGUACCAUGGGCGCCAAUGCCUCGGCAUUAGAGAAAGAGAUUGGUCCAGAACAGUUUCCAGUCAAUGAGCACUAUUUUGGAUUAGUCAACUUUGGGAAUACUUGCUACUGCAAUUCAGUUCUUCAAGCACUUUAUUUUUGUCGUCCAUUUCGGGAAAAAGUUCUCGCGUACAAGAGUCAACCUAGGAAGAAGGAGAGUCUUCUUACGUGCUUAGCAGACCUCUUCCACAGCAUCGCUACCCAGAAGAAAAAGGUUGGAGUCAUACCUCCUAAGAAGUUCAUAACAAGGCUACGGAAAGAAAAUGAGCUUUUUGACAACUACAUGCAGCAAGAUGCCCAUGAAUUCUUAAAUUACCUACUAAAUACAAUUGCUGAUAUUUUACAAGAAGAGAGAAAGCAGGAAAAACAAAAUGGUCGUUUGCCCAACGGUAAUAUUGACAGUGAAAAUAACAACAGCACACCAGACCCAACGUGGGUUCAUGAGAUUUUUCAGGGAACAUUAACUAAUGAAACCAGAUGUCUUACUUGUGAAACUAUAAGCAGCAAAGAUGAAGAUUUUUUAGACCUUUCUGUUGACGUGGAACAAAACACAUCCAUUACUCACUGCUUAAGGGGUUUUAGCAACACAGAAACUCUAUGCAGUGAAUACAAAUACUACUGUGAAGAAUGCCGCAGCAAACAGGAAGCACACAAACGGAUGAAAGUUAAAAAGCUGCCCAUGAUUCUAGCUCUGCAUCUGAAAAGAUUUAAAUAUAUGGAUCAACUUCAUCGAUAUACAAAACUUUCUUACCGGGUAGUUUUUCCUUUAGAACUUCGUCUAUUUAACACUUCAGGCGAUGCAACCAAUCCUGACAGAAUGUACGACCUCGUGGCCGUCGUGGUUCACUGUGGAAGGUAACAGGGCCGUGGGCCAUGCUGGCAAGAUGCUCAGUGGUGGGCAAGUGCACGCACAGGAUGCUCGUGAGCCACUCAGAC